UAAAAGCAUGGUUAUUGAUUCGUUAAUGGCGGAAAGAGGAGUGACCAAGAUCAAGUUGAUCUUGGGCUUCAUUGUUGUACUUUAUACAUCAAUAACUUGUAUCCAUGCUGUAAAUAGUACGCUAUCUGCAAACCAAACCAUUAGAUACAAUGAAACCAUCGUUUCGCCACAAGAAACCUUCGAACUUGGUUUCUUUAGCCCCGACAACUCCACGAACCAUUAUGUCGGAAUUUGGUACAAGAAAAGAUCCUACCGAACCGUUGUAUGGGUGGCCAAUCGAAACGCACCACUUACACAUACCUCCGUUGAGUUAACUCUAACCCUUCAGGGAAUAUUAAAUAUUCGGGAUGCCACCACAGGCAAUGUCCUAUGGUCGUCCGUAAACUCAUCAAGAACAUCGGUGAGGAAUCCGAUUAGUCAGCUUCUAGAAACAGGCAACUUUAUAAUUUACGAGGAAGGUGAUCAAGAAAAUCCCAUAUGGCAAAGUUUCGACUUUCCCACGGAUACUUUACUUUCCGGAAUGAAGUUUGGCCGAAAUUUGGUUACCGGGUUUGAAAGGCGUCUCACGUCAUGGAAAUCCGAAGAAGAUCCUGAAUCCGGUGAGUUCUCUUAUAGGAUUGAUACAAGAGGUUAUCCUCAGGUGAUCAUAACUGAUGGCCCGAACAUAACGUUCCGGGGAGGUCCCUGGAAUGGACUCAGGUAUUCGGGAUACCCGAAUUUUGGAGCGAACCCGGUUUACAACUUCAUCUUUGUUAUUAAUCAAAAAGAAAUUUACUACCAGUAUCAUCUUAUAGAUACUUCGGUUUUGUCACGUCUGGUUGUACAGCCAGAUGGUCGUGUAAAGCGCCUUUUAUGGACUGAUAGCAAACAAGAAUGGAACCUUUAUCAGGCCGUAGAAAUUGAUCAGUGUGAUCAAUACGCUUUAUGCGGGCCAUUUGGAAGGUGCAACAUUAACGGUGCCCCGGUUUGUGAAUGCUUGAAGGGGUUUGAACCCACAGUUCCUGAUCAGUGGAGGAAUGCAGAUUGGUCACAAGGGUGUCGACGUACUAUCCCUUUGGAUUGUGGACCAGGGGAAGGGUUCAAUAAAUAUUCUAACUUGAAGUUACCCGACACUAAGGCGUCAUGGUAUAACCAGACCUUGACCCUUGUGGACUGUGAGAAGAUGUGUAAAAGCAAUUGUUCGUGUACCGCUUACACAAAUUCGAAUAUCUCAGGGACUGGGAGUGGUUGCUUGCUAUGGUUCGGUGGCCUGAUUGAUGUCCGAACGUUUUCUGAAAAUGGGGACACUCUUUAUAUACGAAUGCCAGCUUCAGAGUUAGACUCGAUAGAAAACAGGAACAACUCAAGUAAAGGAAUAAGAGUAGGAGUAAUGGUGAUCAUAGCGAUUGUGGUUUCCGUCAUCUUAGUUUCAAUAUGCUUAUUUUAUCGUUCUAAAAGGAAGAAGCAAUAUCAACAAGUGAGCAUUAUCAGUUCAUUUAAAAGACUUAUCUACUUCACAGGGAUGGCCCAAAACGAGCUUGAACAUAAUGCUGAAAAUAGAAGUGUUGAUGAAGAUCUAGAUCUGCCACUGUUUGGCUUGUCUACAUUACUUAAAGCGACAAACCACUUUUCGUACAACAACAAACUUGGAGAGGGUGGUUUUGGCCCCGUUUACAAGGGUGUACUUGAAGACGGAAAAGAAAUAGCAGUGAAACGGCUAGCUAAGACAUCCACUCAAGGACUUCAGGAAUUUAAGAAUGAGGUCAUUUCAAUAUCUAAAUUACAACAUCGCAAUCUUGUCAAGCUUUUGGGGUGUUGCAUAGAGGAAGCUGAAAAGAUGCUAAUUUAUGAAUACAUGCCAAACAGAGGCCUCGAUUCCUUUAUAUUUGAUAAAUCUCAAAGUGAGCUCCUUGAUUGGCCUACACGUUAUCACAUUAUCAAUGGAGUUGCCCGUGGACUUCUUUAUAUUCACCAAGAUUCUCGGCUUACAAUCAUACAUAGAGAUCUGAAGGUGAGCAAUAUUUUGCUCGACACAGAUAUGAACCCUAAGAUAUCAGAUUUUGGCAUGGCUAGAACUUUUGGAGGAAAGCAGCUUGAAGCAAACACCAAUAGAGUGGUUGGAACAUAUGGCUACAUGGCGCCAGAGUAUGCAGGAGAUGGUACCUUUUCGACAAAAUCAGACGUGUAUAGCUUUGGCGUAGUAGUGCUGGAAAUUGUGUGUGGGGAAAAAAACAGAGGAUUCGUCCAUGAAAAACACGGCAACAAUCUUAUUGGACAUGCGUGGGGACUCCAUAAUGAAGGUAGAUCAUUAGAAUUAGUUGCUAAGUGCCUACGUGAAUCAAUCAACGUGUCUCAGGUUCUACGAUCAAUCCAUGUUGGUUUGUUGUGCGUUCAACGUCACCCAGAAGAUAGACCGAGUAUGACUUCCGUGAUCUUGAUGUUGGGGAGUGCAGGUCCAUUGCCUACACCCAAAGAACCCGGUUUUUACGUUGGUGAAUCUAUUCAAGAUCCUACACAAUCUUCAAGCUCGUAUGGACUAAGUUCGAACAACGAACUAAGCAUUACAAUGCUGUUUGGUAGAUGAUAGAAAUGAAAAAUGGAACCAAAAUUAUGUUAUUAUAUAUUGUUUUUCAUAUAUGUUAGAUGAUCAUACGAGUCUUUUAAUAAGUAUAGAUAUUACAAAGAAUAGAUGAUAAUGAAACUA